CUGGUUCUUCCCCCGUUUGCGCUCAGUUCUCGACCUCCAUUGAGGCCUUUUAUCCUCGAGAGCUCUGUUCUCGAGCUCUCCGAUCCUUGAUAUACUCUGCGACCGUGUCGGUUUUCUUUGUGUCGGUCCAGUUCGCUAGCAAAUUCCUCGUCAAGCGUGAAGACACCCCUCUCCCACCACGACCACGCGCCCAAUUUGUAUGCGACAUCCUCGGUAAUCGAGUGCGGAGUUCCUGUCCGUUCGCCGCCCGACAAUAUCGACUGCUUCUUACAACUCAACUUGCUCGUUGCCUUUGAAAGAAUCGCCAGUUUAGUUAAGGGGAAGACAAAUAUCGUCAGUAUGGGGGAGUCCGCCCAGCGCCAGUCCUCGGGACUGGGAUCGGUUUGGAAACAUCUGUCUUGGGCACUGUUGACCGUACAGUGCACGUCCUUUGUCUUGCUAUUGCAUUAUUCCAGAGUUAUGUCGCCGGCUGGCGGCAAGCGUUACCUGACGUCCACUACCGUUUUCUUCAAUGAGGUCGUCAAGCUCGCCAUCUCCCUGACCAUGGCGCUGUACGAGGUUUCGAAGACAGCCCCUCCUUCGGUUCCCGCGACGUCCCUUUUCUUCUCCCUCACAACUGCUAUAUUCUCCGGUGAUAGCUGGAAACUUGCUAUUCCUGCCUGUCUCUAUACGCUUGCGAACUCGCUACAGUACAUCGCUCUGUCGAAUCUGCCGCCAGCCACCUUUCAGGCAUCGUACCAAUUGAAACUCAUCGUCGUGGCCAUAGCCAGCUUGGUAUUGCUUAAGAGACCUGUUUCGCUCCGGAAAUUGGGGCUCAUGCUCCUUCUCUUGGCGGGCGUUGCUUUGGUGCAGAUGCCCAUUGGCAACCCUGACGAUAUGACUCUCCAAGAUGAGACUGCGCGUCUUGCAUUCCCGCGGUCUCUGGAAGAGUGGAAAGCCUCCAAGCUUGGACGCGAGAGUCUACAUAAGCGUUCUGCAACCUAUGAAGGAAUCGAGGAAGAUAUGAUGACCGCCAACCCUAGACUUAAUGCUACCGUCGGCCUUUUGGCCACAGUUGGCGCCUGCGUCGCCUCUGGCGUUGCAAGCGUUUACUUCGAGAAAGUGCUGAAGGAUAGUGCCAAGUCGACAUCGCUCUGGAUCCGUAACGUGCAGUUGUCCGUCUAUUCGAUAUUCCCGGCACUUUUUAUCGGGGUUAUCUUCUUGGAUGGCGAGAAGGUUGCUGCCAAUGGCUUUUUCGAGGGCUACAACUGGAUUGUCUGGUCUACUGUUGUCGUUCAGGCCAUUGGUGGCAUUGCCACAUCCUUCUACAUUGGUUACGCAUUCAGGGAUGGCAAGAACAUGGCCAUGGCUGCGAGUAUUUUACUCACCACACUGGCUAGCGUUUGGCUAUUUGAGUUUGAACUCACUGCCAAUUAUCUCCUGGGAUCAUUCGCAGUGUUGGUGGUUACCUGCCUUUGCGAGGAUGCAAGUUCUGCAGCUGCCCAGGCUAAGCGUCAGACCUUCCGUCCGCCUCCUAUUCGCGUGGAUCGCUAUGAGAAGGAAAGCAAGAGUGGGGAUGCUUCACCAGCCUCCCCAUCACCUAACGAGAUCUCCAUUAAGCUUCCUGGCACGCCUUUUCUCUCUACUGAUGGGCUUUCAACGUCCAGGCCUACAUCCCCGGGCCACGUACGCGCUGGCCGCACCCCAAGCGGUGGGUAUUUCGAAAAGCACUCACGAGACCACUGAACUACAAUUUGCGGAAAUUAUAUUCGCAUUUUUCGCGUAGGGUUAACCUUCGCGUUGCUGUAACAUGUUUUUUUGGGAAGUAAAUAAGGAUGGAUAGAAGCGAUGAUGCCCCUUCUGCUUUCGUCAUAUAGGUUCCACUUUCUUGUACUUUAUUCACAUUAUUCCUUUCGUUGUUGAUUCUUUCGACUCGCAAUCCUACAACCCACGGAUCAUUAUCACAUUGAGCAAUCUACUUUCCUAGGGAAUGAAGACUGGU